AUGCAUUCAAAGUGUCCAUUGUGUGGUCGUGAGUACGCUCAGCCAGCACCUGAAGGUGUUGCACGGGGUGGUGAAUUUGGAGGAGAGACGCCUCCUUCUGGUGCUCGAAGGAUGGAUAGACACCUAUUCUCCCACUCCGAGCUCUCGGCAAAGGCACGCCGGGUCGCCUUUGCCGAGAGCAAGCGGCAAAAGAUCUUGAAGGAGUUGGCAUCCCUGAGAGCUACGAACCCGGCGGUGUCGAUGGUGUCUUCCCUCGACCUGCGGGGGGAAGGAGAGCAGGCCGGGGAAGGCACCUCAGCCGCCGCCGCCGUCGAGGAAGACUGCGGCUCCGAGGCCUGUGCGCGGGCUCGCGACAGGCUGAGGGCGACCAACGCCGACCUCAACGAUCAGGUCAACGCCCUCACGUCUUCCUUGGCGGAGCUCACGAAAAGGUACAAAAAACUUCUGCGUCGGCAGACGGCGAGGCCGGCGCAGGAAGUCCGGAGGGUGACGGGAAAGCUUCUCAGCGCUCUGGAGGCUCCGGUGUCUCCGGACCGGGAGGAGGCACCACCGGAGGCCACCGGAGACUCUCCUCCGGAGGUAGAAGCUGGGCCCGUUACGCCACCCCCGCAACCUGAGGAGGAAGAGGGGGGAGAGUCAAGCGGCCCUCAGUUUCCCGACCACGUGGUCGCCCUUAACGAGCUCCUGGCGGAGUUCAGGAGGCACCACGAGGGGCCGGAACCCAGCAGGAAGCUGAGGGACAAUGUGACGAGCAAGGUCAUGGCGGAGGGGAAAAGCCGGCUGGCCACGUUGCGGUUCAUGGACGACCCUGAGAGGAUGAGGAUGUGGGUGACCAAUCUCAGGGCGUCCAAAAUGACCGAGACUACUUUAAAUCAUUAUCUCAACAACGUGGCCCAGUUCUUGGACUACGUGUACGAGACCCCUCCGCCGACCUCCCGCCUGUCCAAGAAAUCCAUGCUGGGGAUCAGGCGGGAGGUCAGGGCCCUGCUGAAGGGCCUCCGUAGAGGUGUUGUGAUGCACAAAAUUGGGGUGAAACAGGCCAAAGAGGGUCGCGUUAUCCCCAAGGCGGUGCUCCGUCAAUGCCUCUCGGAGGCCAAGAAGCGGAUCCCGGAGGUCCUGGACCAGCUCGAGAACGACCUGCAACAGAAGACUCAGUUCUCCUUCUACGGCUACUUGACGGCCUACUACGCCUCCAUCUACGGGCACCGGCUGGGGGUCUUUCAAAACCUCACCAUCCGGGAGGUGGAGGGGGCCGUCAAGUCGCCAAGCAUGGGGGACUACCUUGUAAACAUCUCUCUACACAAGACGAACCGGGCGUUCGGCCCGGCGCAGCUGUCCCUGACCGCCGAAGAAUACGGAUGGUUUCCGCGGUUCCUGGCGCUGCGCGACCGGCUGGUCGGCGGGCGGGACGCCCGUUUAUUUUUUUUUACAUCGACACCCAACCCCUGCAAGAACCUAAACAAUUACUUUCAGGGGGCUUGGGUGUCGAUGGGCCUGCCGGGGAAACCGACCUUCAUGGACAUGAGGACCUCCAUCGCCACCCACGCCCGUAACACCCACUCGAAGGCCGACCGGGAGAAAGUGGCAAAAUUCCUCCACGGCCGACAUGUUCUAUGCCAUGAACCUCAAUGUCAGGCAGGCCGUGGAGCACCGUCGGCUCUUCGAGGGGGCGUUGGUGGGGAGGAGGUUUCGCCAGCGAAGAGGGGCGGAAGCAUACGGCUAAGACCAGGCACGGCCGGGGAGCCGUCAAGAGACGGAGGGACGAGUCCCCGCCCUCCUCGCCGCCCACCUCCGAAAGCAGUCCGGAGGAGGAAUGCGAGGCGGUCCCCUACCAGGAGUCCGGGGUGUCCAGCCUCGACUCUCCCCCUAGCUUGGAAAAGUACUCGGGUGGAAAGGGAAGAGAGCCCGGACUCCUCCUCGUCCCCCGUCGGGGCGUCCCCGGUUCAGACGCCCAGCGACCUCUCCGCCCCCUCCGCGGAACCGGCUUCGCCGGCGGUCCACGACCCCGAGCAGGCCGACCCCGGGCAGGCAGAACCCGAGCAGGCCGCACCGCCGCUGGGCCUCCUAAGCCGGCCCAAGAGGCCCGCCAAGAAACCGGUGGUGGUCCUGACGCUGGUAAAGCCCGCCCUGAGCCCGUUGAGCCGCAGCAAGACCUGA